CAUGGCUUCUAUAUUAAUUAAUCUAGCUGUAGAUGUACGCCUACCGUGCCUUGUUUUUAAAGCAACACUAUUUUACUUUUAGCGCGCCACCAGUUAAUAAACAGAAUCGCACGCGUCCCGCGGAAGAACAUUCUAACCGGAGCUACUUCUCGAGGUUUGUCUUGUUUUGAUCGAUUCACUCAGGCGCGGCGGUCACCGCCCGAGCAGACUGCACUAGUGAAUUCACGAUGUACUCGCUCAUUAUGUAGGCUCUAAUUUGCAAAUUAUGAACACAGAAAAAGUUAUUUGGCUUUAAGCUAACGAGCACUACGUCGCGGUCUUUGACUGAAUCAAGUUUGCACCGCGAACGAAGCCCCUCGACAUCCGGAAACACGCGGGAACUGCGACUCGGGGGAGGAGCUUGAACCAUCCCACUCAGAUUCACUGUGCAGUUCCAGCUCUCGCAGUGAUGUACAGUGCGGUGGGUUUGCGCUGGCUUGGCACGUUCAUCUCUCUCCCACUGUUCAGGCCUACUAUGAGGUGUUUGCAGGAAACAGACUGAAGUGGACCGACACUGGACGCUGUGCUAAAAACUAGUCAUAAAGGGAUAGAGAGCUUUAAAACAGACUUCCCAGACAUUUAUUCCAUGAUUCUGGUUCUGCUGCCAAACCUCGUUCAGUCCUCAUUCACAUCAGCUGCUUGGUCUCUGUUGUUGUUGGAACGUCAUUGAUGGGUUGGUACCUCGACAAAGCCCAGUUCACUCACCUGGGUUCAAAGCGGUUCCGGUUAGUGUACAAAAUAAAGUAUCUGCUCACAAACAUCAGAAAUGUUUCUCAUCUUGUCAGGAGGCCUCCGAGGUCAUGUGAGAGUAUCUACUCCUCUUACUCUACAAGGAGAAUCCCUCUCAAAUCUCACAGAUCAAAGAGGACUAUCAAACGUUUUGGAGCAAUUAGCAGUAAUACGAAAUAUGCAAAUGCAUUGGGUUUCGAGAUAUAUCGAUUAUACUCAAGCUCCAGCAGAGAGACUUUCAAAGCAGAAGCUCCCAUUGGAGUUCAACAGCACAGCAGGACUACUUUUCAGCUGCAUCUACUUAGACUGAGAAUAGGAGAGUCUUUUAACCAUCUCUCUAGACACAUAAACUUGUACUUUAAGCAGAAACAGGUGCCUUUGGUAGAUCAUGGGAAAAGUGGAUGGAUGUCUGGAGUUCAGGAACCAUUAACCAGAACAUCAAGACAAGUUCAGAUGGAAAAACGCACUGCAGAAUCCGGAGCUUUUAUAGGGACACCUCCCAAAGAGCGGGUCUGUCAAUCUUUCCCACAUCAACCUUUGACCUCAGCCUAUCCUGGACUGCAGCUGUUCCACAUCAGUUCCUUGGCAAACAGAUUUGGGGAGAGUUACAGCUAUGUGGCCAAUCACAUUAACUCUGCAUUCUCUAGAAAUCCUAAGAAAAUUCAUAUUGAAGUAUCAUCAGAUGAUGGGCUCAAACGGUCUACAAGCAGAAAGCGAAGAGUUAUGGGUAAUAAAAGUGCUCAAACUCAGUUAAACAUUAGUACAGUUACAAGACCAGAGAUUCAUAACAAUGUAUCUAGUUCCUGGGAUGAAGGAUACCUCCACUUUGCCCGUCACAUCAAUCGAUACUUUGGAGUAAAAGUAGCAGAUACUGUUGAGAAAUCAUCACAUACUGAGACCGAAAUCCUGAAGACUUCAGUCUCCCCAGAUGCUUUACAUAGACUUACAGAUCCACUUCUUCAGCCCAAAUCUCCAGGCUUGUUCCACAUGAGCAGUCUCGCCACACACUUUGGGGAAAAUUACACUUACAUGGCCAACCACAUUAACAGCUACUUUAAAGGAUCUGCAGCUUCAGAGAACGAGGAGGUGGAUGGAGAGGUAAACCUUUACAGAGGUUCACAUGAGUACACUGAGAUCCGGGAAAAACCAGUGUCCUUUUUAGAGUGUCUGUUAAAACCCUCAACUAUACCUGGCUUUGUGGGCAGCUACCUGGGGAUGGGCUCUUCCGGGCGUAGUGACCAGACCACAACUAUAACAACGACCCCAGAGGAAAUUCUGCAUAAAACAUUUUUAAGGAGGAGGAAGGCUGAUGAGAUGACUAAAGUUGUACUGAAGAGUCUGGAAAAGGCUACGUUGCCGUCCUCUAUCACUUCCUGUGUGGAGGAGCUGAACGCUCACCUCAUUCAGCACCCAGCAUGCAAAUCUGUGGUGUGGCAGAGAAAAGCAGCACUGCAGCUGCUUAAAUACCGUCGGGCAUUUGGGAUGGAUGUAAAACUUCAAGAAGCCAUCAGGGAAACUCUCGCUCUGAUUGGUUAUGUGGAUCCAGUCAGAGGGUGCGGGGUCAGGGUGCUUUCCAUCGAUGGAGGCGGAACCAAAGGAUUAGUUCCACUACAAGUGCUAAAACAGCUGGAGGCUCAGACAGGAAAACGAGUGUAUCAGCUCUUUGACUACAUAUGUGGAGUCAGCACUGGAGCAGUUCUGGCUUUCAUGUUGGGUCUAGCUCGUAUCUCUUUAGAUGAAUGUGAAGAGAUGUACCAUCGCUUCGGGUCAGAUGUUUUUCGACAAAACCCCCUGGUUGGUACUGUAAAGAUGGGCUGGACACACUCCUACUACAACACAGAAACAUGGGAGCUGAUCUUAAGGGAGAAGAUGGGGGAGGAGCUUCUAAUUAAAACAGCCAGAGAUGAGCUGAGCCCAAAGGUGUCUGCUGUAAGUGCCGUAGUAAACUGGGGGAAAAGUCCGAAAGCAUUUAUCUUUCGCAACUAUAACCAUGCUCCAGGACGACUGAGCCGCUAUGCUGGAGGAUCAGGAUACCGGCUGUGGCAGGCCGUCCGGGCCUCAUCUGCUGCUCCAGGAUAUUUCCAGGAGUUCCCUCUUCAUGGCGAUAUACACCAGGAUGGUGGUCUUAUCCUCAAUAACCCCUGUGCUCUGGCUGUCCAUGAAAGCCGACUGCUGUGGCCCAGCCAGUCCUUCCAGUGUGUGCUGUCUCUGGGAACUGGUCGCUAUGAUAACGCUAGAAGAGGGCCUGCUACCUCCACAAGUCUGAGAGCCAAAAUCAGUAACCUGAUAUGCAGUGCCACCGACACAGAGGGUGUUCACACUCUGCUGGAUGACCUCUUAUCACCAAAUGUAUAUUUCCGCUUUAACCCGAUGCUGAGCUCAAACGUAACGCUGGAUGAAAGCAGGUCUGAAGUGCUCCAGCAGCUACAGAAAGACACAGAGCUGUACCUGCACCGGAACCAGCCCAAACUGGAACGCCUGUGUGAAGUGCUGAGGACAGAACGCUCAGCGAUCUGGAAAACACGGGACUGGAUUGGAGGGAAAGCGUGGGAGCUGCAGCAACGCUGGGUUUGAGUGGACUUUACACAGAGCUGAUGAGAAUUCAGUUAAAUGUGUGCAAUUAUCUGGACGAGAACUAAUACAAAAACAUCAUUAAAUUAUGAAGAUAUGUCUUUACUGGUUGCACAUGAUUGUGAAAGGAUUGUGAUUGUGUUUUGACAAGUUACAAAUGUUAGAGAAGUUACAAAUCAAACAGCCAUUUUAGACCAGAACAUACGAGCACUUAUGCCAAUGUGAAUUCUGUAUGAAUGUCAGUAUUUUUAUUUAUGAUGUAUUCAUUUCUUUAUUUCUGUUUUAACAAAACAAAAUAAACCUAAGAGCACUACUUAGCAGAUUA